ACGCUCGAGUCCAUGGGCUUCGCGCUCGAGGUCCACCCGACGGCCGUCGGGGACUUCCGCGACGACGGCGAGGUCGUGGCCGCGUACUACGAUGAGAUGCGCGACCUCGUGAAGCGCGCGUCGGGCGCGUCGCGCGUCUUCGUCUUCGACCACACGAUCCGCGAGUCCGGCAACACGAAUCUGAACGCGGCCGCGGGCGGCGCCGCGGCGCCCGUGCCGCGCGUGCACUGCGACUACACGCACGACGGCGCGCCGCGGCGCCUGCUCCAGCUCGGCGACGCGGGCAUCUUCAGCCACCUCAAGGGCCGCGACCUCAGUGCCGACGAGGUCGCGGCGCUCGCGGCCGGCCGCUUCGCGUUCAUCAACGUCUGGCGGUCCAUCGACGCCGACCGCCCCGUGGCCCGGAACCCGCUCGCGGUCUGCGACGAGAACUCCAUCGACGACGACGACAAGUUCCUCUACGAGCUGCGCUUCCCGGACCGCACGGGCGAGAACUACAGCCUGAAGCACAGCGACGCGCACGCCUGGUACUACUACCCCGACAUGACCGCGGACGAGUGCCUCGUCUUCAAGGUCUUCGACAAGAAGCCCGACGGCCCGCGCUUCGUCUUCCACACGGCCUUCGACGACCCCCGGACGACGGAUGCGAGCCCGCCGCGGAAGUCCAUCGAGAUCCGGACCAUCGCGUUCUACGACGACAAGCCC